ACAGCAAAACAAAUGCCACAGGGGUGUUAACGCUUCCCUACACUAUCUAAAGCUUGUGUGUGUGUGGCUGAAGUUACACUUAAAAUGUAUUGUUUCAACUUACAUACAAAUUCAACUUAGGAACUAACCUAUAGAACCAGUCUUGUUCAGGCAGCUGGGACUGCCUGUAUAUGUGUUAUGUUCUGAUUACUGGAAAGGGGUGGAAACACAAAAAUGUGCUUUGUAGUGCAAUCUUGUUCAUGUCUACGGUGCAUUUCUUCAGUGAAAUUGCUGGCAGGUACAUGAGAAUAUUUUAAACAGAUGAACUAUUCAAGUUCUGCAAUGUUUUGGUACCAAAUCUGUUUUCUAGAAAUUGUCAGUACUUUUCCUCUUAGAAAAGGAUUAUGAUGCAGAACGGCUUUUCCAUUCUUUCAGAUAAAAGGUCUACGUUCUCUAGCAACAAGGUAUGUGGAGUUUUUUUUUUCCUGGAAUAAAAAGUGAGAAUAUUUGUAGACAGUUCCUAACUUCCCUAUUGCUGCCGAUCACACUGCAGUGGUACUGUCUGCUACGGGGGGAGAGGAAAAGAAAGAGAUUUCCAAGAGAGAUUUUCCUUUACAUAUGCGAUUGAGCCCUCCCAAUCCAGUGAGCUUAUGGAGACUGUCACUGAUCAAAUUGGUCCCUUGGAUGGCAAAGGGAGCAUCCACAAAUGAACACAAGAGACUGGCAUCGUUUUCUCAAGAGAAAGAUCUGAAGCAUCUCACUGAAGCUUUCAUGCAACAUGGCUAGAAAAAUCAAGCGGUGCAUUGCAGAAGAGGCAGAAGGUUAUCUCCUCCAAAGUAGUUCCCUUGGACAGCUACACAGCGACAGAGAUAUCAUUUUCAUUGUUUGUAGCAGUGCUGGAAGGCUUCUCCUGGACUGCAUUUCAGCUCAUCGGUUAUACUCUUCGGGAUAUUAUUCAAAGUCCCAAAAUGGCACCCUUUCAAGUGGUUUUUGAGCUGGGGGAAUAAGAAGUCACUGGAACAAAGAUCUAGUGAAUGGAGGGGGGUGGGGCCUGGAGAACCACAGGGAUGCUUUUUUUCUGCAAAAAAAAUAAAUAUUGAGACUGCUAUGUGACAUGGGAUGUUGUCGUGCUGUAGCAUCCAAGUGCAUACAAUGCCUGGUUGCACAUGUGCCAUCCUCUUCCUGAGCCUUUCAAGAACUUCCUAAUAGUUUGAUUGGCUCUUUGUUUUGGAAGCACAGACUCCUUGUGGACAACCCCCUGACUGUAAAAAAAUGAAAUGAGCAUUGAUUUGAUUUUUAGUUUGCUCAGUCUUGCUUUCUUGGGAUGGAGAGAGUUUGCAGUGUGUCACUCCCGACUUUGGCAUUCAGUCUCUGGGUCAUUCUCGAAAAUUCACGAUUCAUCACCUGUGAUCACACAAUUGAAGAAUCCUGGCUCCCUCUCAAGACGGUUCAGAAGUCCAACACAUACAUUCCUCCAAUUGCCGUUCUGCUCAGUCGUGAGAUUUUUUGGAACCACUCUGGUGCCCUCAUUCUCAACAUCAGUUGAUGAUCUGACAUCAGAAGCAUCCUCACUCUUUCCAUAUUGUUGUCUAUUUAUGAGAGUGAAGGUUUUCUGCCACAAGAUGGCUCCCAAAAGACUUAAGAAGAUGCUCUUUUUCACAAUGGCUUUGGUCUCCAUUGUUUUCUGUUUUCUUAUCAAAUUGAGUUCUGAUGGCAUUUGCAUAUUCUGUCAGAGAAAAAGUGAGGUUCCUUCCUUUAAGAGAGACACUGGAAAUUUCCUUCAGCUGCCUCUUACAGAUUGUAGUAGGAACCCCCCAUUCCUGGUGAUACUUGCAACUUCAUCUCAUACACAAUCCAAAGCUCGGAUGGCCAUUCGUGAGACAUGGGGCAAAGAAAAACUGAUAGACAACAAACGUAUUGUGACCUAUUUUCUUCUGGGAACUACUUUGAAUCACGAUGACCAACAUGCUGUUACAGCUGAGAGCCUAAAAUAUGGAGAUAUUAUCCAGAAGGAUUUUACAGAUACUUACUACAACCUAACACGAAAGACUAUGAUGGGUAUUGAAUGGGUUCAUAAAUUCUGUCCACAGUCCAGCUUUGUGAUGAAAACAGACUCUGAUGUAUUUGUGAAUACUUACUAUCUGACAGAACUCCUGCUAAAGAAAAACAGAAAUACUAGAUUCUUUACUGGCUUUUUAAAAUUGAAUGAGCGUCCAAUACGGGAAACAAUCAGCAAGUGGUAUGUGAGCAAAGAAGAAUAUCCAGCAAACACAUAUCCUCCUUUUUGUUCAGGGACAGGUUAUGUUUUCUCAUCAGAUGUUGCCAGUCAGGUGUAUAACAUUUCUGAAAAUGUCCUUUUUGUUAAAUUGGAGGAUGUUUUCAUAGGACUGUGCCUUGCUGAACUCAAUAUCAAACUUGAAGAACUUGACUCAAAGCAAACAUUCUUCCCAGAAAGGCUCACCUUUUCACCCUGCUCCUUUAAGAAAAUUGUGACAAGCCAUUUUGUAAAACCUCAUGAGUUGCUCAUCUAUUGGAAUGCAUUAGAGAGGUCAAUGGAUGAAAAGUGUCCAAGUAGUGAUUAUCAUAGACCAUCACCACCACACCGGUCUAAACACAGUACUCGAAAUAUGCGGAAAAACAGAAAAGUUUGAAUAAAAAAAAUCUUUGUUUUGUGGCAUAUAUACACACACACAUACAUAUAUAUAGUUCAGGGGUGUAGGCAGUACUAUUUUGAGGAAGGUGGGUGAUAAAAGUCUAAUUCAAUGGUUUUCAACUUGUGGGUCCCCAGGUGUCUUGGCCCACAAUUCCCAGAAAUCCCAGUCAGUUUGCCAGCUGUUAGAAUUUAUGGGAGUUAAAUGCCAGAACAUCUGGGGACCCACAGGUUGAGAACAACUGGUCUAAUCCUUUGCACUUUUCCCUUAGAAAUAAAGCUCAUUGUUUUUAAUGCGGCUUACUCACAGAUAAUAUUGCACAACACUGCAAUAUUAAAUGUCUGUUUCAUUGCAACAGCUGUUUUGGGUUGAGAAACUAAACAUUUCAUUUUCUAAAUUUGAUAUUACACAAGGCAGCAAGACUUCUCUUGUCAGGAGUAAGGCCAAUACCAGGAUGGCACCCAGUGUUCUUAUAAUGACAUUUCUAUAAGUACAGGGGUAAAUAUAAUCUAAAAUAUCUAUAACUAUUGAUUGGGUUGCAGUUUCAACUGCUCUGAAUCAAGACUGUAGGUGGAGACAAUGGUUAAGACUUUUAUAUUGUUUCUCAAACAUCUGAGUUAAAUGUGGAGCAAAAAGUUAAUCAUGAUGGGCCAAAUCCUAUUGUUCAUCCAGGCAGAUAAAAUCACAUUCAAUCAAUGGGAACUUGGUAAAUCAACAUUUACACACAGCCAUAUAAUCCAGAAUAGCAAGGCAGAUAAUCCACAUUAUCUGGUAUGAACUGGAUUAUCUGAGUCCACACUGCCAUAUAAUCCAGUUCAAAGUGAAUAAUGUGGAUUUUAUAUAGCUGUAUGGAAGGGGUCUUAGAGCAGUGGUUCUCAACCUGUGGCUCCCCAGAUGUUUUGCCAUUCAACUCCCAGAAAUCCUAACAGAUGGUAAACUGGCUG